UUUACAUUUUGUGGAGUCCGGAACGAAAAGUCGCGUGCAAUUCGGUCGCCGGAAUUUAAUGCCGUUUUUCCGGGAAAAUCCGUGUUCAAAGUGGUGAAACAUGUGCAUAGAGACAGUGGACAAGCCGACUGUGGUGGGAAAAAGUGAAAACAAUAAAAAACCAGUGAUGGAUCGCGAGGAAAAGGACGAGAAUGGAUUGCGCAUAAGGCGCAUUGCCGGAGGCUGUAUGAUAAGGAAUGCUCCAGUGUUUUCCCCGGAUGGCAACACAAUAUACGUAGUGUGGGAUCAAACAGUGCGCGCCUUCAGCGUUACCACCGGAGAAUACGUCCGGGACUACGAAGGAGCUCGGGAUGACAUCGUUGGGAUAGUGAUCAAUCGGAACUAUCCGAAGAUUUUGUACGCGUGUACCCGGGCGGGACAUGUCCUCGGCUGGAAGCUCGAGUCGGGAGUGCUGCAGGAGCGAAGGGAAGUCCUCAUGAAUACCCGUUUCACGGUGGAUCACUUCAGCAUCCUGUACGACGAAUACGACGAUGCCAAGUUCUUGAUAUCCGGGGAUUCGACCAAGACCAUAGCCCUGAUCUUUUGUCCCACCAAGUGGAAGAUCAUCGAGACACUGCCGCUGAAGUUCGACAAACCGGUGUCACAGAUCCUGCUCGCUCCCGGCGGGGACAAGCUGAACUACUUCGCCAUGAUUACGGACGAUUUGUGGCAUUGGGUCACGAUCAAACCCCGGCUGCAGAUGUUCACCAAGAAGCACUGCAACAGCGUCCAAACGCGGGUGGUCACUUGCCAUCCGACCGAGGACAUCGUAGCCAUUGGAGACGCCAUCGGGAGAGUGGUCCUCUACAAGAACUUCCUCCGCACGAAGAAGGCCGUUCCGGAGACGUACCAUUGGCAUCCGAAUCCGGUGCAGUGCGUGGUCUUCUCCCACACGGGGACACACUUCUACUCCGGUGGGUUGGAACGGGUCCUGGUCAAGUGGACCGUGGGCAAACAGGACGCCAAAGACAUACUGCCUCGUUUGUCGGAUUCCGUGGUUCAGGUGGCAGUUGCCCCGGAGAAUAUGAAGGUAGCCCUGUGCACCGCGGACAACGGGAUCCAGAUAUUGAACGCCCUGCAGAGGCAGACGGCGGUCGUGCAGAGCUUCUCGCGCAUCUCCGAUGACUUUACCGGACGGAAUCCGUACCCGAUUGGGAUCCGGGUUAACCCCAGGACGCAGACGAUGAUUCUGAACGGACGAAUCGGAUGCAUUCAGUUCUUCUCGACUUACUCGAGGAGCUUGCUGUACACGCUGGACAUCACCCUGCGAAACUACAACACCCUCGAGCAGAAGAAGGUCAUCUACAACACGGUCGUCACGAACGUGGCCGUCAACGCCUUCUGGCUGGCCACGGUCGAAAACUGGAACGACAACUGCUACUCGGCGGAAACCCGGCUCAAGUUCUGGCGAUACGACGAAUCCCGGCAGAACUACUCGCUCAACACCAACGUCGAGAAUGUGCACGUUAAUGGGGCCACCGGAUUGGAGUUCUCCAGCACUUCCAAGGAGCGGGAUGUCCUUUGUGCCUCGGCGGGUAACGACCGGUGUAUCAAAGUGUGGUCAUUGGAGGAGAUCGAGGUCACCGGCGGUGGAGAGAAACUGGUGUGGAUCUGCGUGGGUCGGGUCGACUACAAGAACCUCCCGGUCAAAUCGCUUUCAUUCUCACAGGACGGAUCAUUGUUGGCUGGAGGAUUUGGGAAUGUUUUGUGUGCUUGGAAUGCGGAAACCCUUCGCCUCAAAUGUGUCCUUUCUGCUCCGGCAGGGUAUGAUGGAAGUGCCAAUCGGAUAGUUCUGUCGGUACCAUCCAAAAAGAAGCCCGUUGACAAGAGUCAGUACCUGGACAAGAAGGCAAAGGUCGUUCAACAGCUGUUGGAAGUUCUGGAAUCGAAAAACGCCUCAAGUCUGUUCAAAAACGUAACACCAGCUAAGAAGAAGCGGUUCCUUGAAAACCAUACGAAACCCGUCUCGGAUUUGUCCAACGACGAAAAAAAGAUAGUCUUCAAACGGGUUCAACUGCAAAACGAGCUCACCUUGCUCCAGAAAGCCGAAUUGUUCCACCGACUUCGUAUCCAGUGUCGAACCACCGGUCAAAUGAAGUAUAAAAUCGCUGAAAAACUCGCCAAAGCCAGGGACAUUUCCACACAAUCCGAGCGCCAUCUCCAGAAGAUCCUGGAUGAUCUCUGCCAAAAUGUCAAAUUCCGUUGCAAACGAAAACUGCGGCAGUAUCAACGUCGCAACGAAUCCGCCCCCAAUCUAUCGCAGUUCACCAGCAUCUUCGACGCGGACCUCCGGGGUGACUCCUGCAAACUUCCGAAGACCGUUCCGCAGAAGAGUCAUCCGCUCAAAACGACCACGCAAAUUCGGCACAUACAUUUCUGCCAUGGCGAACACUCGCAUCUGGUGGUGAUGUGUACCGAGAAUCGAUUGCUCGUGUGGAACCUGCUGACCCUGCGCAUCCAGGUGACGGUCAAUCUGAGCGUCGAGCGGAUCGCGAUCGAUUCCUUCACCAAUCUGAUCGCUGCCUUCACCGCCGAUAAUGAACUGUACAUAUUUUUGCCGAACAUCCCGAUGCCGUUGUACCACCGGAAGAACCUACCGCCUGUGUUUGGGGCGGCGUGGAUUCCACGUCGCUUUCCCAAAUCGCAAUCCCUAAGCGUGGACUGGCAAGCCGUUUCGCAGUUGUACUUCCUGAACCACAAUCAGGAACUGCUCCAUCUGGUGUCGGAUAGUGACGAGGAAUCGUUGGGCCCGGUGGUGUACAUGAACGACGUGAUCGGCAAUGGGCUGCCGAAUACGCCGUUUGCAGCGAUGCUGGCCAAGCAGCACGCCGGAAGUGGAGUGCAAGCGGGUGCGGCCAACAAUGCCGGGCGGAUCGGCGUAGCGGGCAAGAACAGCAUCAAGGAGAUCGUCGCAUCCUCCGCCCACACGAUGGCCCCGAUCAGUUUGCUCUGCAAGGAUUUCCUCCGAUCGUUGAUGAUUGUGGCCGAACGGCAACGUGACCGCGAUUCUGCCUCAACGGCGGCAAUCGGGAACGGUUCCCAGACGGUGUCGUCUGCUGCCCGAAAUUCGAACGACGCCAGCGACGACUCGGAUGAAGAAACGGACGAAAGUGUCGAAGUUAAAGCGAAAAUCAGUGCACGGAAAGCGGUGCUGGAAUCGGUUGAGAAGGCUCAGCUUAAAGCGACCAGAGGGGCUGAGAAACUGGACCAGGAUACCAUGCUUAGGAAUCUUCUCGAGGAAUCGGUGGAAAUCGAUUUUUGAAGGAUGCGAUACAAUUGUAAGUAAAUAUUAUAUUUUUGCUUUUUUAUUAUCAUUAUGUGUAGAAUAAAAUAUAGUUUUCUAAAGCGA